GACAAACUUUCGUAGUGUUCGCAUUGUGACUGAUCGUUUCUCGAACGACACGCGAUCUUUUUACGGAAACUUCGUGCCAAAAUAAAAUGACAUUAUAGUGACUUAAUUUUUAAACACAAUUUAAAACGUUAAUCAGUGUAUUAUUAUUAACAAUUAUGGCCCUUUAUCGUAUUUUGAGUUUUGUAUUUGCACUUGUUGGACUAAAAGUUGCCUUUGCCAUAGAAGAUUAUUGUUCUGUAAACACUUUCCAGGACGGUGGUGAUGGUAUGCGACUUACCAAAGAGGCUACCAACGAGGAAUUCGCUAUUGUUGGUAAAUUUAAAGGGCUGCAUUGUUGCGCGAAAGGAUAUAAAAGUAUUGAAUGGUUCAAAGAUGGUCAACCGUAUCCGUGGGGUCUGGACCUAUCCACGCUAAUUAUUUUCCCAGAAAGUGCCAACCAAACGAUUUACACUCAAAAUAUCAAAGAUGACGAUUCGGGCAACUACACGUGCGUUUUAAGAAACGACAGAGGCAAUGAAACCGAGAUUUAUAGUCACAUGAUUAAUUUGAAAGUUUUUGAUAAAUUGCCAGAUGAUCCUAAAAUCACCUACGUUUCCCAGGAUAUGGAAGCUUUCGCCGGUGAUAAUAUGAGAUUGUUUUGUGAAGCUUUCGGUGGCAGAAUCGACCUGCCAGACGCUCACAGUGAAGCUGUGUGGCUCAAACAGCUGUCGAAUGGUACUUUAAUUGAAGUGCCUGAAGGGAUUAUGGAAAUGAAAAGUUUAAGAGAGGAAAAUCAAACUUUUGGAACCUAUUUAACGUUUUCCGCAAUCAGAACUGACGACUAUGGAACUUAUAUUUGUGUUAUUCGCAAGCCUGGCAAUACUCUUAGCAAAAGAGUGACUAUUAGAGAAAAAGUAAAAGUCAUCGAAUACAUCAAUCCGAAUCCAUUUCCACUCAGAGAAGUCCUGAUAUUGUCGGCAGUAAUAGUCCUAUUACUCACCACCUUGCUAUUCCUUGUUAAACAAUAUGGUCUCAAAGUUCAAGUUAUCCUCAAGGACAGCUAUGGCUCUCUGGAAGAAAAUGACGGAAAGUCCAGUGAUGUAAUGGUUGCUUACGCACCCAAAGACUCAGAAUUAGCGAUUGGUGUAAUGGUUCCUAAUCUAGAAGCUAAAGGUUACCAUUGUGCGGCCAGAGAAUUGUCCACAGAUAUUUCUAUGUGGUCCCAAGAAUUGAGUCGCCACGCCCAAACUUCACGUCGAGUAGUUAUUCUACUUUCCCCUGCAGCUCUAAAUGAUACUUGGGCGUCUUCCAACCUCUACCAAGCCUUGAAACACAUUCAAACCAUAAAUGCUUCAAAAAUGAUUACAGUCACCCUCAAAGAGCUUCCUUCAACUCAAAACGAAGCGAAAAAUUCCAUUGGCGAAACUUUAGCUUCGGUAGCCAAGUCAAUGAAUGUGAUCCAAUGGGAACGUUGCAACGAUGCCAAGUUUUGGUUGGCUUUGUGUAAGGAGCUUCCAGCAAAGAGGGGAUCUGGUAAUAGUAAUGGUGCAAAUAUUGAGAUGACUAGCCAUAGCAGGCCAAGAUUGACGUCGGAAAGGAGUUUUGAUAGUUUGGUAGUUGUGUAAAUGAAAACCUAUGAGUAUUAAUUAUUAUUGGAUCAUUAAAUUUAAGAAAUCCUUAGGGCUGGUAAAGUAAAGAUCUCAGCGCUAAGGAUUCUUUGGAUUAAUUGGCAAUUUAUUUUCAAAAUUGACUGUCGCGUACUUUUUUUGUUGUUAUAAAUGAAAUGACUUAAUGACAUCAUUAAAAAGGUGCUGCUGUGCAAAGUCUGUGUUUUUUGUUUACUUAUUUUUUUUUUAGUUUUUAGUGUAUGUUUUGGCAUUUAUUUAUUCUCUUUUUAUACUUAUUUAUUUUAACUAUUUGUAGAACAAAAAGGACAUAAAAAGAAGAAUUUCAAUUAAUUCAAAUUAUUUUUGUAUAUAGGGUUGGUAUAUACUACCUAUAAAUUGUAUACUAAACGACUUGAAAAAAAAAACUGUUGAAUGUUUUUUUUUUUUGUAAAUGUGAUCUAUCUUAUUAUUAUUUUAGUAAAUCUUAAGUUGCUAGGCUUUUAUAUUUUGUAUAUCUCUAUGUGAUUUUAUGAUGAUAUCAUUGUGUAUUUUUUAAGUGUAUGUAUGUAGGUGAAACAUAUUUUUUUUUAACAAUAAUCAUAACAUUUAAUAAAAAGUUCAGUUUAUACAGAAAAAUGUUUCAAUUUUCAAAUAUUCCCUACUGUUAACACAUAAAAGCUUCAAAUAGCUCAUUUUACCCGAGAGGUUAGGUAAUAGGGGAGAAUUACUUGAACACGGGGUUAUUCUAAAUGAAAGUGGACUGUAUUAACUUUCAAAACAUUUUAAACGAUGGCAAUCGGCAACAAGUUAUAUUUUUUUAUCUAUUUUUUAUAUUUGUGCAAUAGCAAUUUUUCGCUAGGGUAGCACACUACCUUUUUAUGGGACAGCCAACUCAAGACUACCCUGUAGGCCGUGGGCGGGGAAGCGUUUGCAUUCAAAAGCCCGGUAUUGAGGUAUAAUUUAUCAAGACUAUUACCACAUGAUUCAGCAUAAUUUUUUUGAUGGAAAAGCGAAAUGGACGACUUUUUUCAUUGGUUGACAGAUGAUGAGUUAGGAGCAAAAAACUAAAAAUACCUAGGUAUAAGUAAACUAAAGUUUCCAACCUUAACCUCGUAUAACUUCUAAACCGAUUGAGGUAAUGAAAUGAUUUUUUCUCUAGAUUCUAGACAAACAUAUUCUCUUUAAUAUGGUGUAUUUAUAUAUUAUUUGAAAUAUAUCAGAGUAGAGCAGGGCCGAUCUUAGCAGGUGUGCAGCAUGUGCCCUGCACGCGG